AUGUACACACCUAACAUUAACUUAAAUGAUACAUGCUUCUCUCUCUUUUCCCAAAUUAUCUUUUAUGAAGGCCGCAACUUCCAGGGCCGCCACUGGGAGUGCAGCAGUGACUGCAUGGACACCUACAGGCAUUUCAACUGCUGCAACUCCAUCCGUGUCAGCGGCGGUCACUGGGUGGCCUAUGAAAAGCCUCACUACAUGGGUUACCAGUACAUCCUUGGCCCUGGCGAGUACUCUGACUACCACACCUGGAUGGGCUUCAACAACUGCAUCCGCUCCUGCCAGAUGUUCGCCCCUUAUAGAGGAUCCUACAAGAUGAGGAUCUACAACAGGCCUGACAUGAUGGGACAGAUGAUGGAAUUCAUGGAUGACUGCCCUAACGUGUAUGAGCGUUUCCACUACCGUGACAUUUACUCCUGUAACAUCAUGGAGGGUUUCUGGAUCUUCUACGAGCACCCUAACUACAGGGGACGCCAGUAUUUCCUGCGCCCUGGAGAGUACAGGGCCUGUGGUGACUGGGGCUGCCACAACCCCAUGGUGGGCUCAUUCAGGAGGAUGAGGACUCUCAUGUAA